GUGUAAAAUAUUACGCCAGAGCGGAAGCGGAAAAAUUGCUAAAUUUUUUCUGCUUUUGAAGAAAUUCUUUUAAAAAAUUCACCGUGACUUUUUUAUGUAGUGUUUUUAGUUGAAAUCCAUAAAAAAUGAACAACAGAACAGUAGUUCAAUAUCAUUCAUCACACGCAGAUUAUAGUUGUGGUUAUUGUAAAGGAGCUUCUAAUAGUUCCUAUGGCAUGUCUGCUUAUGAUAUGUCUGUUCAGGAUUAUCAGGAUCUGAUUGAUAGAGGAUGGAGAAGAAGUGGAACUUAUUGUUACAAACCAAUUCUUGACAAGCAAUGCUGUCCAAGCUAUACUAUAAAACAACAGUCUUUGGAUUUUUCAAUUAGCAAAGGCCAACGAAAAACGAUCAAAUCAUUCAAUAAAUUUCUGAAUACUGGAGAAAUUGGAAAAUCAUUCGAAGAAAAUUCAGGUGUAAAAGCAUCGAAUGGCCAGAAGCAGGAUGAAGCAAAGCGCUUCAAAUCUACCCCUAAACCAGGUGCGGGACCUGAUCCAUCGAAACCCCCUUGUAGGAAAGCAAAAGAAAGAAGAAAAGAAGAGAAAUUAGCUAAGAAAGCUUCUGCAGCAAGCACUAAAUUCGAAAAAGCAAAAAAGAAUCAAGCCAAAAGUUUAGAAGAGUUGUUAAAUGAUAUCUCACCAAAUCCAAAGCAUAAUCUUAAAAUUGUUCUUGUUCAAUCGAACAUGGGAAGUGAAGAAUUUAAGCGAACAUUUGAAAAAAGCUAUGAAAUUUAUUUUAAAUAUCAAACCACGAUACACAAUGAUCCGCCUAGCAAGCCUUCUAGAAGUCAAUUCACAAGAUUUCUAAUAAAUUCUCCGCUGAAGCCAGAAGUAAGCGGAGAAGUAACUUAUGGUUCUUUCCAUCAACAAUAUUGGCUAGAUGAUAGAUUAAUUGCAGUUGGCGUAAUUGAUAUUUUACCUAAAUGCGUUUCAUCUGUGUACUUAUUUUAUGAUCCAGAGUUUAACUUUUUAACGCUUGGUACUUAUUCAGCGUUAAGAGAAAUAUCAUUCGUCAGAGAACUACAUGCGAAAGCUAGCAACAUUGAAUUCUAUUAUAUGGGAUUCUAUAUUCACUCCUGUCCAAAAAUGAGAUACAAAGGCCAAUACCAUCCAUCAUACUUACUCUGUCCAGAAUCUUAUAGCUGGCAUCCAAUUGAAGAAUGCAAACGUAAACUAGAUCAGUCAAAGUAUAGCAGAUUCUCAAAUAAAGAAGAUCGAGAUGAAGAUGCUACAACCGAUUUCAGCGAAAUAUUAAUAUAUCGAUCGAAAAGACUUAUCGCAUUCGAAACCUAUAGACAAAGCAAUAAUACAGAUGAUAUAAAGGAAUACGCCCGUCACGUUGGAAAGAAAUGUGCCAAGAGAAUGAUUCUUUUCAAAUAACCUUUCAGUAUAUUGUCAAUUAUAUAUAUAAAAUACGCUAAAAAUUUGAACAUAUAAGUCAAAUAGACUGGUAAUAUUCAAACACAUACACACACACAGACAAAACAUAAUCUACAACAAUUGCUAGUUCAAUAAACUCUCUGUUUUCUCUUUUCU